AAAAAAAAAAAAAAAAAAAAAGGAAAAGAGAACAGGAGAAAAAAAAUAUAAAGCACAAUGGCAUCGACAUCUGUAUCCCAAACAAACCCAGACGACCCCAGAACGACUGCCCUCAACAACUACCGCAAGAAGCUGCUGGAGCAUCGUGAAAUGGAGGCCAAGCUUAAAGAUUUGCGCUUGGGUCUCAGGGAUUUAGAACGUGCUUUUGACAAGUCAGAGGACGAUAUCAAGGCACUUCAGAGUGUGGGCCAAAUUAUCGGAUCAGUUUUGAAGCAGCUGGAUGAGGAUCGGUUUAUCAUCAAAGCUGCGAGUGGACCUCGUUAUGUGGUUGGAUGUAGAAAUAAGUUGGAUAAGUCAAAGUUGAAAUUGGGAACCCGUGUUGCGCUAGAUAUGACUACGUUCACGAUCAUGAGGAUGCUUCCACGAGAGGUUGACCCUAUGGUCUACAGCAUGGGUAUGGAAGAUCCUGGAUCCAUCAGUUUUGCAGGUAUCGGAGGUCUUAGUGAGCAGAUCAGAGAACUUCGUGAGGUUAUUGAGCUUCCAUUGAUGAACCCUGAGCUGUUUGUACGUGUGGGAAUCAAGCCUCCUAAGGGAGUGUUAUUGUACGGACCUCCGGGAACUGGUAAGACUUUGCUGGCCCGUGCUGUCGCAAGUACUCUGGAAACCAACUUUUUGAAGGUUGUCUCAUCUGCCAUUGUUGACAAGUAUAUCGGAGAGAGUGCUAGGGUUGUCAGAGAAAUGUUUGCAUAUGCCAGGGAACACGAGCCAUGCAUUAUCUUCAUGGACGAAAUUGAUGCGAUUGGAGGAAGGCGUUUUUCAGAAGGAAGUUCCUCGGAUCGUGAGAUUCAACGUACGCUGAUGGAGUUGUUGAACCAAAUGGAUGGGUUUGAUCAUUUGGGACAAACAAAGCUGAUCAUGGCCACAAACCGUCCUGAUACAUUGGAUCCUGCGCUGUUGAGACCUGGACGUUUGGAUCGUAAGAUUGAGAUUCCAUUGCCUAAUGAGCAGGGAAGAAUGGAGAUUUUGAAGAUUCACGCACUUGGUAUUACGAAGCAAGGUGAAAUUGAUUACGAAGCAGUGGUUAAACUGUCAGACGGCUUCAAUGGCGCAGAUAUCCGCAACAUUUGCACAGAGGCAGGCAUGUUUGCGAUUCGUGAGGAACGAGACUAUGUUGUCCAGGAAGAUUUUAUGAAGGCUGUUCGUAAGGUAGCGGAUGCUAAGAAGCUUGAGGGCAAGUUGGAUUAUGAAAAGAUCUAGGCUCUUUAAUCAUUUAAAUAGAACACUUGAUGGAAAGCUGCA